AUAAAUAUCACAGUAGGAAGAUGAAACCAGGCUCAGUCGGCUUUUUAUACGCGCUUCGGGUAGUGUGCUUUUGUGCAAAGUCAGUGAGAGUCAGUGAGUGAAAUGUCUUCCGUUCCGAUGUACUUCCGCGAUUGGUGGGAUGACGAUCUGUUUGAAAAUCCGCGUCGAACGUCUCGAUUGUUUGAUCAACAGUUCGGUACCGGGAUAUUCUCGGAAGAUCUGCAAAAGAUGGCCUCAAGCUUUCAUUCGUCCUGCAAUUUGCGCUCCUCGCGACUCGGAAGCUUUCGCCGCCCCUGGAGCGAGUUCGGGGCGCACAAGUUUAGCAACAGUUUGAUCGGCAACAGUGGCCCCCUUCCCCUCACCGACCGGCUGCAGAUCAAUCUGGACGUGCAACAAUUCACACCGCAUGAGAUCACCGUUAAAACGGUCAACAAUUCGAUCGUGGUGGAGGGCAAGCACGAGGAGAAGCAGGACGAGCAUGGGUUCAUCGCGCGUCACUUUGUUCGCCGCUACGUACUGCCGGACGAUCACGAUCCCAAAGACGUCAUCUCGAGCCUCUCGUCCGACGGUGUGCUGACGAUCGUGGCACCGAAGAAGGUCCCCCAGCCGGCACCGGAAGCCGUGUACGAACGAACCGUCCCGAUACAGCGCAUCGAGGAGCGCACGGUGGAAAGUGUACGGACCACCUCGGAAAGUGUAACCAGCGAGAGUAAUGGCAAAUGAGCGGACAGAUGCAAAUGGAUAAACGGGCCACGGGCUACGAUGAACCAAAGUGAUUAGCGAAGUAUUAUUUGUGGUGGUGAGAGUGCGGUGAGAGUGUUCGUGCAAUUGAGGCGAAAUAAAGUGAAGAAUAUAUUGUUGAGCAUUAUCAAA